AGUGAACUAAAAUUGUGUCUCAUGAAACCAAUCGUGGUUUAAACUUAACUUUAAAAACAAUAACUGACUUUUGCGUUACAUUUUCUAAAUGAAUAAAUUAUAACAUGACAGGCAUACAUAUAUAUCGAAUUUCAGACUUUUAAAUUUUUUAAGUGAAAAUAUUUUUCAAAAAUUAUGUAUUACUAUAGAUCGUUUGCUUUGUAAAAAAAAGCAACAUUUUAGUGAAUUUUAAAAUAAAAAAAAGAAAGGAUUAUGGUUUUCGAAAAUAAAAUAACAUGUGGAUAAAGUGAUAAAGAGCAACACAGCUUACAGGAUUUAGUCUUCAAAUUAUAUGCUUCAUUUAAAAAUAUUUACACUGAUAAAGGUGGAUAUGAACAAAAAACGCAUUUUCCAUUGCUGAUAAACAAAGUACCGUAUUCACGAAUUUCUAGUAUUUCGUGUACAAGAAAUAGACGAAACAAUGACAACGUCGGAUGCUGUUCAAAUUAUGGCGCCAACGGCCACAAAAAUAACUCUGCUACCUCCAAAAGCCUCUCCCAUACAGUCGGGAAUAGUACGGCGGGGACAACUCCGUGUACCUCGCUCGGUUCAGCUUGAGUUAGCCCGAAGCUUGACGUUUGGCGUUCUAGGUGAUGACAGCAACCUCUACCCUAGUUCUAAAUGGGUGUCGGAGAACAGGGACAAUUUUGCUGGUAGAAAAGCCGAGGAGACUUCUCGACUGAAGCCGGAUUUUGUGAUCACAUCAUUAGAUACCAGAAAGCACAACCCACAGCCCACGCAGAUAUUUCAUAUAAGAAGAAUUAAUAAAAAGCCCGUUUGCAAUGUUCAGUCGUGGGUCAGCGUCGGGGGCAAGGAGGAGACCAGACCUGAGUCCUCGGUCUAUAAAGUUUCAUUUAAAGAGCACCAAGCCGAACCAGUACACAUUGUACACAAGGAAGAUCAGGAUAAACCUAUUGAAGGAAUAGUGCCUGUGAAUAUAUCAGGGAGCAAGUUUGACAUCAGGUCAGAGAUGAUGUUGCCUGUAUGUGAUGCUUUAAGAAUGCCAUCGGCACCUAACCCACACAGAUAUUUAUUGAGGAAAAGAAAAGUGCCUCCACCCUUUAACACUCACACAACUACAUAUACUUCAACAGCUACAUCCGGAAUUGUGUAUCCGAAUCUCGAGCACUCUCGCAUGACGUCAUACGAGCCUGGGAUGGUCCAGACUGGUUCUCUUCCGUUUCCAAACGAAACAGCAGCAAAUACAGUACCAAAAGAUACGACAGACAGAAUUAGUGUGACCAGCAUGUCUGGUCAAAGCUUCAGCAGACGAAAAUUUAUACAACCGCCCGCCUGUCGUAUUUUCCAAGCACCGCGUCCUGAAUCCCCUAUCUGUAUUUCGAGCCUUGCUGGCAAGGCAUUUUCUAGAAGACGAGAGCUCUGUCAUCCACCUCCAGAGAUAAAUUUAGGUUUUGACGGAGGCGUUGCUGAGACAACCAGUACAAAGUUUGACGAUAAAUAUUUACCUUUUAUAAGGGCAAAGACAAUUAUAUAGAUGCUUGCGUUUGUUGUUUUUAGGAAAAUAUAGUCUUUAAAGUAUCUUUGUUAUAUGUAUUUGUUGUAUACGAUAUUUUUAUUUAAAGAAGAAAACGUGUAGAGUGCUAUUGUGUUUCAUUUUUAUUAAAGUUGUGACAAAGUUA